AUGCAUUCAUAUUUAGCUAAUACAUAUUGGUCUUCCCAAGAGCUCGUACCAUCUCCACUGUAUUAUUCUUAUCAAUUAUAUACACCACAGACCAGUUAUCCACAAACAGCAGUGUAUAAUUCGUACCAUCAACAGCCAUCAUAUUAUGAACCACGACACAUUAUGUACUACUACCCACAACAACUACCAUUAGGACCCCAUUAUUAUUAUACGCCGGAGCAUUCUUCGCAUUCUCACCCAAGACAAAUAGUACCGAAUUAUCCAUCAUUUUCUUAUCCACAGCCAUUAAGACCGCAACAAUCUUCGUAUUCUCAGUCAUGGGAAGUAGAAUCAGGGCCACAGUACUUAACAAAUUCGCAAGAUGCUUUCUCUGCUCCUCCUGAACAAGUUCAAGCAUAUCGGCCACAUUCACAACCACCUGAACUAUUUGUAUUGUCAAAAAAUGAUACACCACCAACGACAGCCGGCAGAAACGCCACCUCAAAGAUAUGCUUUGUACCGUGCCCAUAUUGUAAACACCCAAUAUAA